ACUCUCCUUCCUCCCUCGCAGACGCUUGGAUGCUGCUGCCGCUGCAUCCAGUCUUGGACUCUGUUUCUCUCCCUCUUUGACUCUUUUAGUUCAUGACAGAAAAAACGGUGUAAAGACAAAAAUAGGUGGGAAAAAGUGCCGCUUCAGGGCGAACCACAACAAUGACCCGGUCCUGACUAAAAUUGAAUGGAUUAGCCAAUCUAUUCUGAGCUCUAAUGAGAUUAGAGAGUCAGCGCAGACAUGGGUCGCGGCGGCGUGGUACCUUUCGUUGAGCUCUUCGGGGAACAUUUUCCCUGUCAACAAACCUCCAGACAUGGAAAUGGCGUUUUUGAUGCUGAAGAUGCAGCGGAUGCCGGGGGACAAUAACAGAUCUUUGCAUGCGCGCUCACCUGUGCCGCUUUUGUGGCGCACGGAUUCCUAGAAGUAGAAGUAGUAGUAGAAGUAGUAGCAGAAGCAGUAGUAGUAGGACAAAAUGAAGUACCAGAAAUAUAUCACGGUGAUGCAGAUGGCCAUGGGAGUGACAGCCUCCAACAAAGACUGCCUUCCCGCUAAGAGACAGCUGUGGGUAACCCCACCAGAUGGAGAAACAUCCCCCUCAGGUGGUCCCGGGUGUUCAGAUGGGUCCUUAGGUGCUACUGGUGGUGCAGGUGCUAUGGCAAUGCCUGCCACCUCCACCCUGUCCUUGCCCAUGAGCCAGGGUAAACCCUCUCUGCGUCGCAUCAAAGGCCGCAUUCACCGCAGCAAGAGCCUGGACAGCAUCGACCUGCUCGACUCCAAUAGUGCAGCGAUGGAGGAAACGGUAAUAUGGGAACAGCACACUGUGACUCUUCACAGGGCACCUGGAUUCGGGUUUGGCAUUGCCAUCUCAGGUGGGCGAGACAACCCUCAUUUUCAAAGUGGAGAGACAUCCAUUGUGAUAUCUGAUGUGUUGAAAGGAGGGCCUGCAGAAGGACUGCUACAAGAAAAUGAUCGUGUUGUGAUGGUCAAUGCAGUCUCAAUGGACAACGUAGAGCAUGCCUACGCUGUCCAGCAACUCCGCAAGAGUGGAAAAAAUGCAAAGAUAACUAUCCGUAGGAAAAGGAAAGUGCAAAUCCCUGUCUCUCGACCAGGGGACAGAGAGACAAUGUCAGAGCAUGAAGAAGAGGACAGUGAUGAAGAAGAUGGCUAUGACCCUAGUGGUCGUAGUGGCCCAAGUGCCUAUGGUGGAGCAAGUGGAGGUACAGGCACCGGAAGGCGCCAUGAUCGUGAGCGUAGCAACAGUGGCAGACGGGAUCAUAGUGCCUCACGGGAAAGGAGCAUCUCGCCGCGCUCUGAUCGCCGAUCACAGGCCUCCUCUGCUCCUCCAAGGCCAGCAAAGGUCACCCUUGUCAAGUCCCGCAAAAAUGAAGCAGAAUAUGGGCUGCGGUUGGCCAGCCACAUCUUUGUGAAGGACAUCUCUCCUGAGAGCCUUGCUGCAAGAGAUGGAAACAUUCAGGAGGGAGAUGUUGUGCUUAAGAUCAACGGCACAGUUACAGAGAACCUAUCACUGAUAGAUGCCAAAAAGCUCAUUGAGAGGUCAAAGGGGAAGCUUAAGAUGGUGGUGCAGAGAGAUGAGCGAGCCACACUGCUCAACAUUCCAGAUCUAGAUGACAGCAUCCCAUCAGCCAAUAACUCUGACAGAGAUGAUAUUUCAGAAAUACAUUCGCUGGCGUCAGAUCAUUCCAAUCGAUCCCAUGGGCGAGGUCGAUCACGCUCCCCUGACAGGCUGGAGCCCUCGGACCAUCUCCGUCACUCACCUCGGCCGAUCAGCAAUGGCAGCCACAGAAGUCGAGAUGAGGAUCGCCUGUCCAAACCAGGGGCCGUGUCCACACCAGUCAAAAGCUCUGACGAUGGGGUCUUGUCACAGACCAGUGACCAGGCCAGCUCAAGAGAUGACAAACAGUUACCUCCGUUGCCUGAACCAAAGCCAGUUUAUGCACAGCCUGGUCAGCCUGAUGUAGACCUGCCAGUCAGCCCCUCUGAUGCUCCUGUACCCAGCGCUGCUCAUGAUGACAGCAUUCUCAGGCCAAGUAUGAAGCUGGUCAAGUUCAAGAAGGGAGAGAGUGUCGGUCUGCGGUUAGCAGGAGGGAAUGACGUGGGGAUUUUUGUGGCAGGAGUUUUGGAGGAUAGCCCUGCUGCAAAGGAGGGAUUGGAGGAGGGAGACCAGAUUCUCAGGGUGAACAAUGUUGACUUUGCUAACAUCAUCAGGGAGGAAGCUGUGCUGUUUCUGCUGGAUCUCCCAAGAGGAGAAGAAGUUACCAUCCUGGCUCAGAAGAAAAAAGAUGUGUAUCGGAGGAUAGUGGAAUCGGAUGUGGGUGACUCAUUCUACAUUCGAACACAUUUUGAGUAUGAAAAGGAGUCUCCGUACGGAUUGAGCUUCAACAAAGGAGAGGUGUUCCGUGUAGUAGACACUCUCUACAAUGGCAAACUAGGCUCAUGGCUUGCUAUCCGUAUUGGCAAGAAUCACCAGGAAGUGGAAAGGGGCAUCAUCCCCAACAAGAACAGGGCUGAGCAGCUGUCCAGUGUGCAGUACACUCUUCCUAAAACACCAGGAGGUGAUAGAGCUGACUUCUGGAGAUUUCGCGGAUUGCGAAGCUCCAAGAGGAAUUUGCGGAAGAGCAGGGAAGACCUGUCAGCCCAGCCAGUCCAGACUAAGUUCCCAGCGUAUGAGAGGGUGGUGCUGAGGGAAGCUGGGUUCCUGAGGCCUGUGGUUAUCUUCGGACCCAUAGCAGAUGUAGCCAGAGAGAAACUGGCCAGGGAGGAGCCGGACAUUUUUGAACUAGCCAAAACACAGCAACAACAAGGAGGGGAAAAGAGUGAACCCAGAGAUGCUGGAACCGACCAGAAAAGCUCUGGCAUCAUCCGCCUGCACACCAUCAAACAAAUCAUUGACAGAGACAAGCAUGCAGUGCUGGACAUUACUCCUAACGCAGUAGAUCGUCUGAACUAUGCCCAGUGGUAUCCAAUUGUGGUGUUUCUCAAUCCGGACACCAAACAGGGCGUCAAGAACAUGAGGACUCGUCUCUGCCCUGAGUCUAGAAAGAGUGCCAGGAAACUCUAUGAACGAGCCCUGAAGUUGAGGAAGAACAAUCACCACCUCUUCACCACAACCAUUAACUUAAAUAACAUGAAUGAUGGUUGGUUUGGAGCACUCAAAGAGAUAAUCCAGCAGCAGCAGAACCAGCUGGUGUGGGUUUCAGAGGGCAAGGCUGAUGGGGCAGCUGACGAUGAUCUGGACAUCCACGACGAUCGCCUCUCAUAUUUGUCGGCUCCAGGAAGUGAGUAUUCAAUGUACAGCACCGACAGCCGCCAUACCUCCGACUAUGAAGACACGGACACGGAGGGAGGAGCUUACACUGACCAGGAGCUAGACGAGACACUGAAUGACGAUGUGGGUCCACCCACGGAGCCUGCCAUCACCCGCUCCUCUGAGCCUGUUCGUGAAGACCCACCUGUCAUCCAGGAGCCUCCUGGCUACGCCAGCUACCAGCACACGGUGCAGCCGGACCCCCUGAAUCGGAUCGACCCGGCUGGGUUCAAGGCGCCCGCGCAGCAGCAGAAAGCAGAGGCCGCUGCCACCCCUAGCAUCCCCCAGCAGCCUGAGCCCCUGGCUGAGACAGUGCCCCCUGCUGUCGACGUUACUGUAAAAACUGUAGGGGUUCUGAGCCCUGACCAGGCUCCUGCAGCUCCCCACAGCCAGCCAAGCCCCAUCCCUGAGGCUGGCUCACUUAGGAGGCACACCCCUGAGCUAGUCCCCCAGAGUGUCACACCAGAACCUCUACAGCCUGGACUUGCCAGUUCAGAACCAAAGAUGUUUCAGAAGGAUCCCUACAACACAGACAACACAGGGAGAGUUGGUCACGGCAUGAAGCCUGUGACCUACAACCCGCCGCAGGGAUACCACCCUGACCAGCAGCCAUACAGAGAUUACGAUCACCCACCCAGUCGGUAUGACGUCAGCAGCAGCGGAGGUGGAUACCCAGAACCAAAGUACCGUAACUAUGACUCUCACCCGCCCUACGAGAACAGCGUGCCUCACUACGACCAGCAGCAGUGGAACCCUUACAGCCAAUCACUCUCUACUGCCAGCUCCCAGGGCUACGACCCCCGUUUGCCCUACAGUGACAGCCCUGACCCUCAGUACACCCCUCCACUCCGCUACGACGAGCCCCCACCUCAGCAGGGAUUCGAUGGACGGCCUCGCUACGGUAAACCAACAAGUUCAGGGCCGAUCCGUUAUGAUGAGCCCCCACCUCCAGGUCCAGGCCAUGACCUGCACUAUGACCAAGACUCUCACAUGAACGCAUACCCCACAGCCAGUCGCUCCCCAGACCCCGCUGCCCAGAGGCCAGCUUACAACCAGGGACCAACACUGCAACAACAAAAAGGCUACAAACAACAGCAAUAUGACCCCAUUCCUGCGAACUCUGAAACCAUUCCGACACCUCCUCCCAAAGCAGACACCCCUUCACCUGCACCUGUGGAGGUUUCCAAACCUGUUUCGGCCAGAGAUGAGCAGCAGGAGGAUGACCCAGCCUUGAGGCCUCAGUCAGUCCUGACACGGGUUAAGAUGUUUGAGAAUAAGCGUUCUGUGUCUGUUGACCGAGCCAGAGAUGCAGGGGAUUCAUCUGGGAGCAGGGCUGCUGAUUUACCCUUGAAAACGGGUGGAGUAAUCCCCAAAGCCAAUUCUCUGAGCAACCUCGAUCAGGAGAAGACCUUCAGAGCUCCAGAGCCUCAGAAGCCUCAGUCAAAAGUAGCUGACGAUAUUGUCCGUUCCAACCACUACGACCCUGAUGAGGAUGAGGACUACUACAGGAAACAGCUGUCCUAUUUUGACAGACUUCAGGCCGGCCCCAACAAACCUCAGCCACAAGCACAAACCAACAACUUCCCAAGCAGGACGGAGUCAUUAGAGAAACCCAGUCCAGCAGAAAAAAGAUAUGAGCCAGUUCCUCAAGUUACACCUUCUCUGCCACCAGCCACACUGCCCAAACCUUCACCUGAAGCCAAGCCUUCUGCCAGAGAAGACACUGUCCAGUCCAACUUCCUGCCACACAAGAGUUACCCUGAGAAGUCCCCAGUUAAUGGCACAAGUGAACAACCUCCAAAAAACGCCACAAGUACCGGAGUACCACCAGCAUCCAACUACAACCGCUAUGUGCCCAAGCCUUACACCACCUCUGCCAGGCCUUUUGAAAGAAAGUUCGACAGUCCAAAAUUCAACCACAACCUUCUGCCCAAUGACAAACCAGAAAUUGCUCCAAAGGUCCAGAGCUCCAGCCCUGUAAAGCCUCAGAUAUCUCCUCAACCUCAAAAUGCAGACCACGACAGCGGCCUGGACACUUUCACUCGCACUAUGGACCACCGCUCCAAAUACCAGCAGAACAACAUUAACGCUGUGCCCAAAGCAAUUCCUGUCAGCCCCAGUGCCCUAGACGAUGACGAUGAUGAAGAUGAAGGCCACACUGUGGUUGCAACGGCUCGAGGCAUCUUCAACUCCAACGGGGGUGUCUUGAGCUCCAUCGAGACAGGUGUCAGCAUUAUUAUCCCUCAAGGUGCCAUUCCUGAAGGCGUAGAGCAAGAAAUCUACUUCAAAGUCUGCCGAGACAACAGUAUCCUGCCACCACUCGACAAGGAGAAAGGGGAGACUCUGCUCAGCCCUCUGGUGAUGUGUGGACCUCAUGGUCUCAAGUUUUUGAAGCCGGUGGAGCUCCGCUUACCUCACUGUGCGUCAAUGACCCCUGAUGGUUGGUCUUUUGCUCUAAAAUCCUCCGACUCCUCGUCGGGUGACCCUAAAGCUGGCAGAACAGUCCCUCCCCGGAGACCCCAACUACCUGGUGGGAGCUAACUGUGUUUCUGUGCUCAUCGACCACUUUUAAGGACGGACCAGCAGGUGUGAUGUUACUGAAUGUGGAACCAUGGGGGAUGAAUGAAGAGAAGGACUCCACACACACUUAAACACACUAAUACACACACACACACACAGACCAAACAUACAGAACAUGACACGCAGCACACACCCAAGUAUGAAGAUCCAGUCAGUGCUGUUUACUGCACCCAUGGAUGAAGGCAGGACACUGAAGUUUAUUGUUAAACGCUGUCUUUGAAACUGUUCCCUGUAUGAAGUUUUUAUGUGAAAUGAAACCGCUGAUGCAUGCCCCAUGCCACUGAAGAUUAAUAUUAUAUAUAAGGCAUUGUUAAUGUAAUUUUUACAUAAACAGAUGAAUCGAUUUCAAGGUUAUACCACCAGCAUACGUGCUUCAAAAAGCUGUGUCGGUGUAUUUAUACUAUAUAUGCACACAGUAUAUAUAGUAGUAUAGAGAAAUUGUACUAAACUCUUACGUUUUCCAGUCAAUAUCUUGUCAUUUUCAGUUCACGUGACUGAAUAUAAAUAUGUAUCUCGUAUUUUUUUUUUUUUAUUUUGUUUUGUUUUUUUUUGUUUUUUUUUCCACAUUGAGGAAAUUGUGAUGAAGGUUUGAGACAGGUGAAUGCUGUUAAAGGGUCGGAGAAGGUUGGGUUUUUUUUCCGCAGGUAUUUGUCGAAGGCUGGACAUGAACCCAAGCAGCACAUAUAGAAACGUUCUUCCUUUACUGUUCCUUCCUUUUUCCAGCUGUGAUAUCUUGUAGCUUCUCUUCCUCCAGAGCACCACGUCUCUCCUUCCAGCCUGAGGGAGAUCUAUGCAUGUUCUUUACUCAGGUCCAGUCGCCUCCUCCGUUCCCUCCUUCCAUCUCUCCUCCUCUCUUCGUCUCCUUCUUCCCUCUGCCUCUUCCUCUCUGUGCACUCUUGCACUCACACAAAUAAGCAGUGAUGCCUUAUCUGCAGAUUAUUCACUUUUCAUUCAACAAAAUAAGUUAUGAUAAGUUAUGGUAUGUCAUUUGUUUUGCCAUUUUUGUGAACCCACUGUAUAAAUAAACUUGGGUUUAGCACACAAUAACAGUCGAUAAAGGAUAACAAAGGUAUGCUCUUCUUUUAUCUGCUAUGCAUUACUUUAAAAAAAAAAAAAACAUCAGAAAAGAAGUGGCUGUAAAUAAAGCUAGCAUAUUGCCUUGUUUCUUUUUGUUUGUAAAUGAACUUUUUGUAUGUCUUUCUUUUUUGUAUAAAACUUAGAGAAAACAUGUUUUAAAAAGUGGAAGAAAGUUAACGUGGUUAUCUUUGUAUUCUGGAUAUACCCUCAAGCCUUGGAACUUGUAACCUAACAAUAACGCGUCACAGAUUUUCUACCAACAUAAUCCACGUCAUAUUAAGGUCACAGUAGGUCUUUUAUGGCUAUUUAAGGAUCAGGAAAA